AUGACCAAGACUAAGCCCUCUUCUUCCACUACCAACCCACAACACAAACCAUUUCAAGUCUCCAACUGGAACUUUACUGAAAGAUCAUUGUUGUUCAAGAAUGUCAGCACAAGGAGAGUAUUGUCAAAGGUUCAAAGAAACACUGAAACACCAAUCAAGAAACUGCAUUUAAAACGUCGUUGUGAAGAUGCAACUUCAGGUAACAAGCCGUCUUUGACUUCCGAUAACUCAAGAAGAAAGAAAGUCAAAACUACAUUAGGUAACUUCCGUGCUCUCUGUGCAAAACUCGGUAAGGAACUUACCGCCGACGGGCUUCCUAUUGAAGUGUCACGGAUUCUAAAAAACAGAGGAAAAUUCAUUCAUGAUGGGAAAAAAAUUAUUGGAAAAGUCUCUGGAAUUGAAGUAGGUGACAAGUUUCUUUAUUGGCAAGAACUCAAUGUUCUUGGUCUUCAUCGUCAGAAUUUAAGUCUCAUUGAUCACGUGUUAAAGGAUGGGAAUUUGAUUGCAACUAGCGUUGUUUCUUGUCAUUUUGAUGAUAUGGAUGAUACAAACGUGUUCGUAUAUACAGGGGAAGGAGGUAAUGUCAUUAAUUCUGGAAAAUGUGAUGAAGAGACUCUUGCUCUUAUGAAUAGUUAUCAUUUUAAGAAUGCUAUUAGAGUUAUUAUAAAGUUUAAUUCAAAGAACUGUGGUGCUGGUGCACGUGGUGGAGGUGAGGUUUAUUGUUACUAUGGUCUUUAUAAAGUUGAAUCAAUCUGGAAAAAAAAAGGGAAAUUAGAUUUUAAAUUUUGUUUGGUUAGAUUGCCUGAUCAGAAAAUCUUUGUUAAAGAUAUUUCCAAUGGAAAAGAAGCUGUUCCUAUAUGUGUGGUUAAUCAUAUAGAUUCUGGCAAGGUUCCAUAUUUUCAAUACAUUACUCGUAACAUUUAUCCUGAAUGGCUUUUCGAUGAUUCCUCUGUUGGGCGUAAAUGUGUUGAUCAUUGUUCUGAUUCAAUGAAAUGUUCCUGUGCUCUUAAGAGUGGAGGGAAAAUUACUAGAGUAAAGAGAAAUGAGAUUAAAUUUAAGCUUCAAAUUUUCAAAACUAAGGCGAAAGGAUGGGGUGUGAGAUCAGAGAAUGCAAUUCCUUCUGGAAAUUUUAUUUGUGAGUAUUUAGGUGAGAUUAUGGAAGAUGAGGAAGCUUUGAAAAAGGUUGAUAAUGAUGAGUAUUUAUUUAAUAUUGGAAAUUAUAUUCGCAAGGUCUAUAGUUCAUGGGAAGAGGAUUCAUAUAUGGUUGAUAGUAAGGAGAUGACUUCAUAUCAACCCUUAGAAGCUUCAGGCGGUAAAGAGGUCGUUGAUGAUCGAUGUGAUAGUGGUAGGUUUACCAUUGAUGCUGCUAAGUAUGGUAACGUGGCAAGGUUUAUCAACCAUAGUUGUUCUCCCAAUUUGUUUGCUCGAAAUGUUCUUUACGAUGAUGAUGAUCUGAGAAUUCCACACAUCAUGCUAUAUGCAGCUGAGAACAUUCCUAGCAUGAAUGAGCUGACUUUGAGUUACAAUUACAAGAUCGAUCAAGUGAUUGAUUCAAAUGGAAAUUUAAAGACAAAAGCAUGUUAUUGUGGAGCUUCUGAAUGCAUCCGUCGACUGUAUUGA